AUGCAACGUAGGGCGCGUGCUGUGUGCACCCGAUGCCAUAGUCGUAAGAUCCGUUGCGACUUAGAAGGUCAGCCAAGUGGCAGCUGCACGCGUUGCAAGCAUGACGGCCACAUAUGCCAACCUCAUAUUGGACCUCGAAAGCAAAGGCAAGCCCUCCGCUCUUCGCUUUAUUCGUCAGAUACAAGUCUCCUGUCGCCAAGUCAAGCGGUCCCACCUGUGACCCAGGAGAACACAGCAGAAGCCUCACCAUUACCUUUUCGUCCUCUUGGCCACCGGGAUAUAAACUGCUUGGGACCUGACAAUGGUAAUGGCUCUCAACAGCCAAGUUCUAUUGAUGGAAGCCAGCUCAUUCUAGACAUACGCCAAGCUUGUCGCCUUCCACCCCCCGUCAUCGCCCAAGCACUUGCCGAUUUCUAUUUCCGUGAGCUGUUCUACCUCGUCCCAGUUUUAGAUCAUGGGCAAUCUGAGUUAGAAACCUCUACUUUGCUACAGCAAUGCCUGUAUUUUGCGGGAAGUACCAUGCGUCAAACAGCAGGGCCAGCCGAGUGGACCACAUUUGCUAUUUACGGGCGGAUCAAAACAUUGCUCUUUCUGCACCAUGACACGGCUCCAUUGAAUAUGCUCAGCGCACUUUGCAUCCUUAGUACCUGGCUUCCGUAUUCUCCUGACGCGAUAGUGCUGGACAACCCGUGGCAAUGGACUGGCAUGGCAAUCCGACUCGCUAUACAGUUGCACUUGCACGAGGACGAGACAUACAGCAAAUUAGAGCAUCCUGGAAGAGCGCGCAGAAUGUGGUGGUACCUCUUUAUCAACGAUACUAUGCAGACGGCUUGCUGUGGUCGUCCUGGAAUGUUUCCCUUGGAAACCUAUGUGCCGCUGCCUGUUCCCAGUGACUUCAAAGAUCCCGAUAUCAGAUCACACGUUUUCUGCCAGUUAACUGAUCUCUGCACAAAACUUAGAAAGGUCCAGGACCUGGCCAGAGUUGAUAAUAUCCCAUCGGAGCAGGUGUAUCUGAGCCUGGACGGAUUGAGACUGUGGAGAGAACAGUUGCCUACCGAAAUGCAAUUGUUCCACCUCGACACUAGACAACCAUACAGUCGCCCUGUUGUUGAGCUCCAUAUAUUCUACUUGGUGACCGUUAUAUUAACGUGCUUCCUUGGCCGCCGGCACAACCCCUCAUUGUUCAAAUACUCUUCAAUGGUCGCUUCAUCCUGCAUUUCUCGGCUGUAUGAAGAGAUUGUAUAUCAUGAGGACGUCCAAUAUCUACUGCCAAUCCAUUCUUGGGCUAACCUGGUUGCCGGAAUCCCACGAGCUUUCACCGACAACGAUGCACUGAACCUAAACCGAGACGAAGAGGUCAGAAUCAGCAAACAGGUGCUGGAAACUAUGAGUGAGAGACAUACCUCCGCUGCUUUGGCGCUCAGCAAAAUCAAUGGUUUCAACAAUAUGCCCGCAGAUGCGUUUCCUGCUCAAGCCGACAGUGCGUGGGGUGCUUUUCCGGUUCGUGGGCAAAUGCAACUGGCUCACCUCUUCCCUUUCCCCUCGAGCUUUUGCCCUAUGCUUGGGCUACUAAGGACUGCGGAAACUAGUGAAAACGAAACACCGGAUGCCCUUCUUAAUUUGCCUAUGGAGAGCAAUGAUUGGCCGAUAGACUGGUCUUCUUUCUUAUUUGACGGCCCUAUGAGCUUCUGA